AUGCACACCCGACGGGGGACAGCUGGCCCUAGCUGGGGGUCUGACACAGCCACGGCAGGUGUCUGGAGCUCCCGGGAAUGGGCCGAGGAGGAGGAUCGCCGCACGGGACGCGAGGGCUGGACCGGCGGUGAGGCGGGAGUAAAGGUUGGAUUUUAAGGCGGGGGCGGCUUCCGGAGACACGCGCUCAGGUUGGAAGGUGGGGUGAAUGCCGGGUCGGCGAGUGCACCUUGUUCUGCACCCCUGCGCCCAUCUCGGGAACUGCACGCGGCAUCCCCACCUCCCACGCUGAUGAGAGUACGGCCCGCAGGGCUCCCCUGGCGAACGAAGCUUAUGGUUCGCUCCACCCCGCCCACACAGAGGCCGCCCACCGGCUCUGCAGCUUCUCAGGACUCCUCUACAGGGCCCCAGCCUCCGCCUUGGAUUUAUGCCUAG